AUGCUAACAAAUARUAAUUUAAUACAUUUAUUAUUAUUAUUAUUAAUAAAUUUGUUUAUCACUAUAUGUAKUGUCAAWUGUGAACAUAAUAAUAAUAGCCAAAUAAUAUUAACUGAUCGACCAGUUAUUGGUAUAGUUGCCCAAUACGGCGGUAGCGGUGAAUAUAUAGCGGCCAGUAAUGUUAAAUGGUUGGAAAGUGCCGGUGCUCGAGUGAUACCUGUGCUGUCCGGUAAAGAUAAGGCCUAUUAUGAGAAAAUCUGGCAAAUGACUAACGGACUACUAGUGCCGGGAACUGGUAAUACCUAUGACCAACARUURUUKUCUACAUAUGGCGAAUAUAAUAUCUACGAUAUYGCUGUCAAAAAUAAGGAUCGUUAUUAUCCGAUAUUUGCUACCUGUGCCGGCAUGUAUAGGKUGGCCAGUAUGGUAGCWCAGGGAGCUUAUACUACUAGUUGUUCGGGUACUGAUAAUGUGGUGUUGAAGUUGAACUUCAAGGAUGGUUACCAAACAAGUCGUGURUUCAAAAAUGCYGAYAAAMAGAUAAUUGAUAAUUAA